GCUCACGUAAUUAUCUACUCACUCGCGCAACUUUCUUGUCUGCGCCUGAAGAAAAUUAUCAUAGAAACCUCUAGAAAUAGCUUUGUCACGGUCAAGGUAACGUAAUUUCAAUUUCAGAAAAAUCCUCUUGCGAAUUACAGUGCAAGUUGUGGUUUUGUUCUCUGCUGUCUUAUUUUUCAAUCGUCAACGGUAAAUAAUGGGAGUUAAAGGAGUUUGUGUCUUAGCUGGCGAGAAAGUUAAAGGAACGAUAUUUUUUGAACAAAGUGAUGCUAGCUCGCCAGUGACUGUUACAGGAGAAGUCACCGGCCUUGAUAAAGGACUCCAUGGAUUCCAUAUCCAUGAAUUUGGAGACAACACUAAUGGCUGUACGAGUGCCGGACCUCAUUUCAACCCGGGUAACAAGGAACACGGAGCCCCAACGGACGGUAACCGUCACAUCGGCGACCUCGGCAAUGUGACAGCUGAUGAUAAGGGGGUAGCCAAGGUCAACAUCACUGAUAAGUUGAUAACACUCGUUGGCCCUCUCAGCAUAUUGGGCAGGACUGUCGUGGUUCACGCAGACCCGGAUGAUCUGGGUAAGGGAGGACACGAAUUGAGCAAGACUACCGGCAAUGCUGGGGCUCGUCUUGCAUGUGGUGUCAUCGGCAUAGCCAAGGCCUAGAUCACUAUAUAUUACACUCCAUUACUCAUAAUCUACUCAUAGAGAUAGGCACCAACCCAUUUAAUACUAGCCAUAAAUAAUGGUAUCCUGUAAGAACAAAAAUGUAUACGUCGGAUAUGUGUGGAGGUGUUUGGUUGUGUCGGAUUGUAAAUAAAUAUAUUUUGUUGGUUUA